UACUUUUCUUCUUCCAUUCCCUCUGAGCCACAUGUCUGUUUCCGCUCAGCUACAGUAGAUCAGCUCUCUGAACUUUACUUUGAACUGGGCAUUGAGUAUGCUGAUGUAGUUCUACUGCUCAAUAGGCAUGCAUGGUUAUGUAAUUAGUGAAAGUGCAAUUAAAUGAAUUCUUAGAUCAAGAGGUCUCUGCAGGAGAAAGCAGUGCGGGGAUCUGCAGGAUGCUGUCAGGUUCACUCGUGAACAGUUGCUGGACUCUGUACUGGACUGGACCCCAGAGGGUUUCACUGAGGAAGAGGAGACGUCUCCAGAGGAGGAGUUACAGAUGUGCAGCUGAAUCUACCUCAUAAAGCUAAUGUGCUGAAUUUGCAUGAGUCACAAAAAGCAACAAACAAGACGGCGACUGAAACGCUGCAAACAGAGUCUGUGGUUCUGUCGCAGAAAGAGCAGACAGCACUGAACCACCUGCAGAGACGCAUCAGGAACCUGGAAAGCUUUCGGUGUUUCUGCACAGGCUCCUCUGUUCUUUGCAUCAAACAGAUUAAAGGAACCUUCAGUGCUGAAACAGGUUUUGGUAGAAGGCCUGUUGCCUUAUACAUACAGCUCCUACCCAGAGGUUUGAUAAUGUUCUGAUAACUUCUUUGCAUGGACAUCAUAUAAGGUGAGGUGUCCAUUAACAAAGCACUAACUUGAGAAUCUCCACACUAGCUUCCAUUCCAAACGGACAUGUGGCUCAGAGGGAACGGAAGAGUAGUCCUCAAAACAGUUCUCGCCGUGACCUUUAGGGGGCUCCGUACAUUUCUAAAUGUUGUGUCAGUGAUAUUGUAUCUGCCUAACACGUGAUGCGAGAGCCAUGCAAAGGCAGUUUUUUUUCCUGUCAAAUGAAAGUGAAAGUAUCCCGUCAACUGUGAGCAACUCAGUGUGGUGCUCGAGCAACAAGGAGGGAUUUCUACCAAAUAAUAACCAUGGAUCCAAUCUUAAAGUUACUUAUUUACUUGUAUCUAUGUGCAGGUGUGCAGUGUGUCCAUCAGAUGCCAUGGCUGCCCUGUCAGUUCACCGAUGAACACGUGUUUGUGAAUAAUGAGGGUCACACUGAGACUCAGCACAUCCACAGAGAGGCUAUGCUGCAGUUUGGUCAAAAAGGAGACGCUCCUGUUAACCCACAUGCCAUCACUUUCCUGGUCACCGGAUCUAAGCUGGACCUGCGGCGGUACGUAGAGGGAGUGGAAGCCGAGCAGUUGGAGUGUGAGCUGCGUAGGUACAGUACAGAGGGCAUCCAUGUCCGCUGGCCAGUCAAGGGGGCCCAAGAGUACAACCGCUGGUUCAGCUGCACCCUCAAACACACCAAGGGCCUGUUCACUGUCACCGGCUUCCUCAGACACCCAUCUGACCAACCCCCCUCAGGACAGCAGGACUACCGCAGCUGGCCGGCUAUCGGGGACAGAGAGAUACUCACCACAACAGUUGUCAUGGUCAUUAAAACACAAUCUCCAUCAGUGAAAGCAGGCCUGGGGUCCCAACUAAAGCUCCCCUGCCAGUUUGCUGUUGACCACCAAAGACCAGACGUCACUGUGGAGUGGCACUGGCAACGUCGUGGGGAGAGAAUCGCACUCUUCAGCCAUGCCAGCCGCUCAGGGAAGACCGAGGGGACCGGUGUUGGGCUGAAGAGCCUCGCAGGCGGGGAUGCUUCCUAUACCCUCCCCUUCGUCAAGAUGAGCAGUGAGGGGACGUACAUCUGUUCAGUGUCAGUGACUCCGCUGUUUGCCAGUCUGGAUAUCAGUCUGCAAAUCGAAGAGGCUCCCCGCGUCUCCCUCAACAUUGGCCCCGCUCUCUCACUGCAGGAGGGAGCCGAGCAGAAGGUUAUUUGUGAGGCAGAGAGCUACUACCCUCUGGAUGUGGGGAUAGUUUGGUACGAGCAGGACCCGGCAGUGUCAGGCCAGAGGGUGGGCGCUCCUCUCCCCAAGGAGCUCCAGAACGUUCUGCUGUCCAGCCACAAGCACAACCAGGACAAGACGUACUCGCUGUCGGCUUUCUUCUACCUCAAGGCUUCACUCAGGAACUCGGGGAGACAGUUUACAUGCAGCGUCUCCCAUCAGUCCCUGAGAGUGCCCAUCAAAAAGAGCUUCAUCCUGACUGUUGAAGAGCCAGGCAGCUGGAUGUUUACCCUCACUGUUGGCUUCAUUGUGGUCACACUGCUGGGCAUCCUGUAUGUGAUGCUGCCCUACCUGCACUCAGCAAGAAAACACUCAGUGCAGAAGAAACCAUACUGAGCAGCCUUUGGAAGACUGAGCAGACCAACUCUAAACACCAGUGAAGUCAGACUGUCCUCACUGCUCUUCUGCUCCUCUCUUUGUUUUUUUAUUUUAGAAUGUCUCAGACGUUUGAUUUUUGUUUAUUUUUAAGUGAAUUUGGGUUUCCAUGAAACUGAAAAAUUGAAACAAAAAGCUUAAGGUGGCAGCUCCCGUAUCUGGGAUAUUUUGGCUUCAUUACAGUCUAUGGGGAGGAAGUGGAGACGUGCGUAAAUGAUUUAAAACAUAUAUUUAAAAAGAAAUCAGAUUUGCAAAUGCAUUGAGCGGGUUUGUUGGACCUCAAGGAUACAGUACUUUGGUGAGAAACACUGAACCUUUAAUGAAAUAUAGCUGCAGUUAGCCUAAAAUGUGAGAAACCCAGCAGAUUUUUUUGUUGAACAAUCUAAUAAUAAGAUUAAUAACCUUAACCCUAUACGUAAUACCUGGUAGGUAUUACAUUAAUGGAUUUAGAUUCAUGUUUAAAUAGUUUACAUAAUUAAAUACCAUAUAUUGAAAUAAUUAUAGUACAUUGAUUUGAGAACUUAUUAUUAUCAAAUGGUUUUUACAUUAUUUUUGGUGUUUUUGUGAGUGAAUAUUAAAAGUUCUUGGAGUAAGAAAAUUGUC